ACCUUAGAGAGGAAGAAGGGGAAGAGGAGAAGGAGACUGGUGGUGGACCAGGCCAAGGAGCUGUCCAACCAGGCCAUCAGGGAGCAGCUCACUGACUAUUCAGAUCUCACUGCCCCAUUGGACAUAGCCCCACCCACCCAACAAAUCAUGCAAUGGAAAGAGAGUGGAGGGGUGGACAGGCUCUUCAGUCACCUCUGUGCCCCUGUCAUUCAUCCACACCUUCAACAGGUAAGCAGGGUGUGAAAUCAACAUUGUCCCAUCAGUCAAAUGUAGGUUGACACAUUUACCUUUAAUGUUUAUCAAUUAAAAUUGUAUUGAAUGGAAUUAAGAAAUAUAUAAAUAUUAGGACGAGCAAUGUCGGAUUCCGGAGUAUAAAUAUACAUACUGUAUGUGAUGGGAUGUAUAGACAAGACGGACAGUAUAUGGAUAGAAUAUGUAGUAUAUCUUAUAAAGUGGCCGGUGUUCCAUGACUACAUAAGUAGGGCAGCAGCCUCUAAGGUGCAUGGUAGAGUAACCCGGUGGUAGCCGGUUAGUGACAGUGAAUAAAGUUCAGGGCAGGGUACUGGGCGAAGGCCGGCUAGUGGUGACUAUUUAACAGUCUGAUGGCCUUGAGGUAGAAGCUGUUUUUCAGUCUCUCAGUCCCAGCCUUGAUGCACCUGUACUGACCUCGCCUUCUGGAUGGUAGUGGGGUGAACAGUCUGUGGCUCGGGUGGCUGAGGUCCAUGAUGAUCUUCUUGGCCUUCCUAUCUCAUCUGUUACACUAAAAAGUACAGGUUUAUAAUGUUGUUCCACCUAAGUCAAGCCUACAAUAUAUAAAUAUUGGAUUCCACACUUAAGUGAGGAAAUUGAGUUCACAUCUGUAACCAGUGAUGUAUAGCAGCAGUGCAUUUUGAUUCAACAACUGCCCCCAUUCUGCCUCUGCAGCUCUAUUCCAGGGAUGUGUUUCGGGGGAAAACAGAUGGGGUGGGCAUUGAAGAUGACCGUGAAGAGAUGAGAGACAUGAGGGUAGGAGGUCAUAUUCACAGAGAGCAACACCAUGUUAUAGAAAUGAUUGUCUGAGAAUACGAGUCAUUACAUUGCAUGAAUUUGGGAGAAUUGAAUUCCCCAUUACCUUUGAACUGUUAUGUUUCCUAUUUUGGUGUAUUAAUUUUGUGUGUGUCUGUACAGUGGACACUGAUGUGAGCGACCUGCCCAGUGAGCUCAGUGUCCUGCAUGAGACUAUGGGUCCUGAGAAAAUGGGACACGAUGUGGAGCUCACUGCUCUGCACCACCAUGGGAAUGACAACCCACCUGAGGACAUCUGGGACACAGUACAUGUAAAGAGCUCAACAUGAACACAAAAUAUGCUUUUUUCACCAUUAAAAAGUGUUUAUAUAACCUUUAGUCAACCAGGUUAUCUCAUUGUCUAUACAUUUGUCUGACAACAUUCCCUGUUCCUCCUUUCUCUUUUUCUUGUCUCUCAGGAUGAGAGGAGAUUUGAGGUUUCUCACCCUGAGCUUCCUUCUGAGGAUUCCAUGCAUGUUCAUCCUUCUGUAAUGGAGAGGGAAUCUCCAUCGAAUGUGACACGGAACACACAGGUGCUUUCACAUGCAUUGAAUAUACACACAGAAAUACAUACACACAAGCUUACACACAGAAAAGCACAAACGGUCAUCAUGAGUGUGGUGUGAUGUACGGUACACUCUGUAAUGUGUUGUUAUCCCAAACUACAGGCUAUGGUGGACAGCCAGGAUGACUUUGAGGAGAGGAGGAUGACCACCCGAGCACAGAAACUACUAAACGCUCUCAAAGUAAGAACCCAGUACCCCUAUGCAGCAGGGCAUCCAUUCUUAUCCUUUGUCAGCUUGCUAGCUUGAUUACAAUCAGACCCAGAAAUCUGCAGAGUCACAGAUGAUAGGGAUUUAAAAGAUUAAAAGGCUAGAGCAGGAUUGGGCAGGAUUAGGGGACAGUCGGUGGAAAUUAAAUUGCUGCAUUGUGCAAUUGUGUGUUGUGUUAAAACAAACGGAUGGGAUUUUCCCUGCUUUCCUGACAUUUAUCCUUCAUAUAAUAAAUCAGAAACGGGGCUAUAAACAAAAUUCUGAUUGUUCUAUGUUGUCCUGAUGACUUCCCUAAACAGAUUCAGAGCUGCAGCAGCAACGCCAUGUUCAGUCUGCAGAUGUUGUGUGAGAGGAACAGUCGCUCCCAGGCCUCAGCCACCUUCUUUUGCCUCCUGGUGCUGAAGAAACAGCAGGCCCUGGACCUGCACCAGAGCGAGCCUUACGCUGACAUUAUAGCCACACCUGGACUCAGGUUCUAA